UUUUUCGUAUUGUUCGCCACGGUCACGCUGUUCGGUUCAAUCAGCCACGACCAAUGCGUAUUAAUUUGCGUGAAAUACUUUUGUUAAAUUUUGAAACAUCAUAAAAGGAUGAAAAGGCGCUGCCUUUGAUAUACUGAAAACCGAAAAGUAAUCAAGCAUCUGUGCUAGCGACUCCAUUAUGACGACACCCACCGACCAACCUCAGCGGUUUGAUAGCGGCGUGAUCAACAGCUCUGAAGAACCCCCAACACAGCAGGAGCAACCGCAGCAAUCUCAAUCACAAAAUGUGCAGACUAAGCUCUUACAGCACUUUCAGACAAACCGCAUCGAUUCGGCGCUGUGGGCCCUGCGGCUGCUGGUCAUCUUCUUCACAGUCAGCUAUGUUUUGCCCAUCUUCAAUUCUCAACAGAGCGCAUUUAGCAAGGUCCUGCUGGCCAAUGCGGCUAUCUCUGCCCUGCGUUUGCAUCAGAGAGUGCCCGCGUUCUCCUUCAGCCGGGAAUUCCUUACCCGAUUGUUUGGGGAGGACUCGUGUCACUAUAUGAUGUACUCCCUAAUUUUCUUCAACAUCCGCCAAUCGUUGCUAGUUCUGAUCCCUGUGCUGCUCUAUUCGAUUCUGCAUGCCUCCAGCUACUCCCUCAAGCUGCUCGAUCUGAUUGGUCACAACUCGUGGUGGGGUGCUCGUUUUAUCAUAUCCAUUGUCGAAUUUCAAGCCGCCAAUAUUCUGAAAGCCACCGCUUUCUGCGAGAUCUUCAUCAUGCCCUAUGCAAUUGUGCUGACCUUCAUGAGCCACGCAGGAUUGAUGACCCCCAUUAUUUACUAUCACUAUCUGGUAAUGCGCUACAGCUCGCGCCGUAAUCCCUAUCCUCGCACUGCUUUUGCCGAGCUUCGUAUAAUCUUCGAGGCGCUGGCUGCCCGAUCGCCGCCCGCUGUGGGCAAGAUCAUUCGCGGAGGCAUCGGGGUGGUCAACCGCCUAGCGCCGCCACAGCCACAGCCGGCCCCUGCCCAACAAUAAAAGACGGGUUUUUAGCUUAUAACAACUAAUCCGAAAAGCUUACUUAAAAACCAAUCCACUUAUAUAGACGUUAACUCAGGAGAGUGGGGUUCAUCCGUAUUAUUUGUUAGUCCAAAUUCGUUGCACCGUUUGCAAGCUCGUAAAACACCAAUUUACAAAAUAAAAUCCAUGAAACGCCCACACUCGUCUUAUGGAAAA